AUGGCAGAGGGGGCGGGGCAUGUGUGUCUAUAAGAACAGGCCCUGCACAGGGAAACCUCUCUAUGAAGUAGACCUGAGCUGGGCCAACAACAAGUUUCUAAAGGAGAGCAAGCAAGAGCAGACGGGUUCACCUCUCUGUGCACGGACUCUGAACUGUGGAGCCGUUUUUACCCUGGAAGCGACACACCAGACCUCGGAUGGUCAAUUUCAAAAUUCUUACUUCUAUAAUCUUCCUCAAUUUGGAAUAUCAUUUUCUCUAUCCAUUAAGUCUUUCGGUUCAGCAUGCUUAGCCCUGUUACUAUGCAGCAGAUCAUGUCCACCCUGUUUGUGUUCUGCAGCGCUGCAGUGAUGGCUGACAAUGAAUGCCCAGCUGAGUGCUCCUGCCCCCCUUCGCCCCAGCCGUGCCCGCCGGGCGUCAGCUGGGUGACCGACCACUGUGGCUGCUGUAAGGUUUGUGCUAAGCAGUUUAAUGAGGACUGCAGCGCCACCAAGCCCUGUGAUCACAUCAAGGGGCUACGCUGCCAUCUGGGGGCCGGAGGAGACCCUGAAAGAGGCCUGUGUAGAGCUGAGGCCCAGGGUUUGCCCUGUGAGUUCAGCGGGCGGGUGUACCAGCAUCGGGAGGACUUCCAGCCCAACUGCCAACACCAGUGCACCUGUAUGGACGGUGUGGUGGGCUGCAUGCCCCUCUGUCCUCGCCAAGUGCCACUGCCCUACUGGCGCUGCCAGCGGCCCCGGCUGGCCAGGCCCGAGGGCGGCUGCUGCGAGGAAUGGGUGUGUGACGACAGCAACCACAUCAGCGAGGAGCCAGAAGACCUCACACACACCUCACUGCCAGACAGACUGUCCCUUCCUAACCACAUCAAUGGGCUGCUGCAGGCCCCGCCGCAGCCUCGGCACCCAACCGCUGCCGGGGGGGUCCCGCGCGGAGAGAUGGCGUCCUUCCCCGUGUCUACGAUGUUACACAAAUCCAGCUGUUUCGCACAAACCACCGAGUGGACCGAGUGUUCCACCACGUGUGGGAUGGGAAUUUCAAGUCGAGUGAGCAAUGACCACCCCGACUGUCGACUGCUCAGAGAAACCAGGCUGUGCCAGAUACGCCAAUGUGAGCUGCAGCCUCCUGCAGCUAGCAAGAAGGGGAAGAAGUGUCAGCGAACAUUCCGCCCCCAGGAACCAGUCAGGAUCACCUUCGCCGGAUGCUCGACCCCACAGCGGUACCGCCCUCGUACCUGUGGGACUUGCAGCGACGGCCGCUGCUGCACGCCCUCCGUCUCCCGCACUGUGACGCUCCGCUUCCACUGCCCCGACGGAGAGGGCUUCUACAGAAAGGUCAUGUGGAUACAGCGCUGCAGCUGCAAUAGAAGCUGUCACGUUCACAGCGGGCCUUCCAGCCCCUCGGUUAGCCUCCACAAUGACAUCCACACCUUCAGGCGCUGAGGCAGUCUCCUUUGCCCCCCCCCCCCAUCCCCGCCCCCUCGCUGACUAGGCUUUACACUCGCUUGCACUUUAAGCGUCCUGCUACCAGCACAUCAGUCUGUUCACACUUGUGUUACUUCUCGUGUGCAGGGCAGCACUGAGGACAUGACACUGCAGAAAGUUGUUUUUCAGUUAAGUUUAAAUGCAGUUAACCAGUAAUACAGAUGUGAUGGAAAAUGAUGGACAGGCAUUUUGAAUAAUGAGAAAUAACUAUACAAAAUAUUAACGACUAUAGGAGCUAUGUGUUCUUAAUUUCCUUUCCUUUAUCGUAACCAUGGACCGAUCGUGGUAUUGAUUGUGUGAGUGUGAGUUUGUGUAUGAGUAUGUGUGUUUUAAUGUGCAUAUGUCUGAAGGAUGACAAACGUAACAUGUGAAAGGUGUUCACAUGUUACUCGCAAUUCCUCCCUGGGCAAAAUGUAAAUAAAACAUGUGUUAAAAAUUGCAAUGUAAGUUACUUUGGAUGAAAGCUAAAUGACAUGUAAUGUUCCAGAGAAUGUGCUCAUUAUGUUACUACAGUAUAUUGAGAAAAAACAGUGGUUGUGGACUUCCCCCUUAGUUGUGGAGCUGUAAAUACUAGGAUCACCUCAUUUUUCGUGGUGUGAUUUUAUAUUUUAUUUUUGUGUGUCCUCACUCUGUACACACAGUGUUUUAUUUUGAAAUAAUGCUAUGUAUUUAAGACACAUGUAUUUAAGUUACACAUUUCCUGCAAAUAAAAUGAUAUCUUAUA